AGCAUAAAUUCUCGUCGCUCGAUCAAAGCCCGUCGAGUGAUCGAGCUAGGCCGGUCGGGCCGGCCGGCCCAUGGCCAUCGCGACGCCUAGCCAGCUGGGCUACCUGUUGAUCAUACUGAGAUAUUCUCUUGGCUAUUUGGUCGAUCACCGUGACGUCUGUCAAAGCUUAGUUCGCAUCCGUCGUUAAUGGCGGUGCGGAAAAAAUAGAGAGCGCACACUGUUUUCACAGGAGUUCCUCGAGUUCUGCGCGGAAGUUCUAAUAUUUUUUUAUCGUCAACCAUGUCUGAUGAUUCAGUGAAGAGGUUUCAAUCUGUCAUGGACAAGCUAUUCCACGCUCCCAAGUCUAAACCGAACUCCCCCAGUACAUCUGGGGUUCAACCUUCAAGAGGCAAAAAACGUGCAAAUACAGCUUCUGCAUUAGCAGUUGUGGACUCAAAAUUAGGUGGGGAUGCAUUGCAAGCUCCAUUGUGUAGGCCAUGGCACCGGGGUGAUCUUAUGAGGAGGUUAGCUACAUUCAAGUCGAUGUCAUGGUUUGCCAAACCCAAGGUGGUAGGUGCUGUAAAUUGUGCCAGGAGAGGUUGGGUCAAUGUGGAGAUGGAUAUUAUAGCCUGUGAAACAUGUGGAGCCCGGCUUCUAUUUUCUACUCCGUCAUCUUGGACACAAGAGCAAGUUGAAAAGGCAGCUUUAGUAUUUAGCUUAAAACUGGACAAUGGGCACAAGCUGCUAUGUCCAUGGAUUGACAAUGCAUGUGAUGAGACCCUUGCUCAGUUUCCACCUACGUCUGUUCCCAUCUUAGUUGAUGGCUACAGACAACGAUCUUCUGGCCUCUUAAAACUUUCAGCUCUUCCUUUGAUUUCAUCUUCUGCAAUUGAUCAUAUGAGAAGCCCACAGCUGGAGCAAUUCCUUGCACAAUCCUUAGCAUCAGGAUGUGAGAAUGGAUCUGCAGGCACCUCUGCAACAGAAAGCCUUGGAAAUGAAAAAGAAGCAGCUCCUGCUAGUUUGUAUUAUCAGGCUCAAAAGCUUAUAAGUUUGUGUGGUUGGGAACUGCGGUCACUUCCGUAUGUGGUUGAUGGCAGUGAGUCUGCCAAGGAUGCCAAUUGUUGUGAUUUAUCCCAUGUAGUUGUCACUACUGGAUGGAAUCCGAGCUUCAGGGUCUACUCUUCUGGUCCUGAAAAGACCAUGGAGGAAAAUGGAGAGCCCAUGGCCUCCAGGGAAUGUCAAUAUGAUCCCAAUUCUGUUGUUUUAGAUUGCAGAUUUUGUGGGGCCAGUGUUGGGUUAUGGGCUUUCUCUAUGGUUCCACGGCCUGUAGAACUGCUCAGACUGGUUGGAUAUGCAGAACUCAAUGGUGAAAAUAAUUCUGUCCAAGAGAAUGCUAGUGUUUCUGGGGCUCAUGAAACCUAUGAACUAGGCAAUGAAAACCUCGUUGCCUCAAAUAUUUCUACACUGUCAAAGGAUAAAUUGUUGAAUUUGGGAUUGACAAUUGCGGGGGGUCCUUCACCAACAAAACAGAACUUCAGAGCAACAAUUUCAUUGCCUGCUAUUGGUCGAAAUUUAAGGGCUCGCAUUUCUUCUGAUUCGGAGUGUAGAGACGGUAGGUUGUCUUAUAUGACUUGUAAUCAGGAAGGUGAGAGAUCUAAUUCAGAGAGCAAUAAUUUGCUUUCAGAAAAAGAAAACAGAGAAAAUAAUGUUACUGGACAAGCUAUUCAGCUAGAAAACACUAGGCUUUUAGAAAGAAACAGCAGUGAUGAUAGGCUUUGUUGUACAAGAAAUGAUCAAUCGCCCUUGUUAAAACACACUGCCAGUGAUAUGGGUGAUGGCACGAAUGCAUGUCAACAGCGUCUUGCAUUCCCAGAAACUGGCACUCAAGAUUCCACUGUGGAACUACAGGCACAGGACACACAAAAUGUAAUGCAAGAUUUUGGUCAAAAUGACAAGUUACCUGAAAAUGAAGAGAAUGUUGGAAUGGUCAAUCCAGAUGUAGUGGGUGCAAUCAGUUCUCAAGUUAGGGAUUCUUCUACUGCAACACCAGAAUCUAAUGCAAAUGAUAGGUUAAGUCACGAGAACGAUUCUUUAAUGAUGGCUGUGGCUGACAAUUGCCAACAUAUUCCUGGAACUGAUAGUGACGGCAACUUUCUUUCUCUCACUGGUCAUCAGGAGUCUUCUUGUGUUGAAUCUUUUAAGGAAACCAAUAACACAGACUUGGAGAAAGGAGAAAAAAUUUAUGAUGCCCUAAAGACUUCAAGUGUGCGAACAAAUGACCACAAUGGUAAUAUAGGGGACAAAGUGCAGACUCCCGUCAAUAGUGAUGCUGUAUCUGCUGCUGCCGCCAUCACCAAAGAUCUGAAGCAAAUACCCUUUGAUAGAACACUGGAUUUUGAUCCAAUCAGGCAGCACAGACAUUUUUGCCCAUGGAUUGCAACAAUUGGCAGUACAGUGCCUGGAUGGCAACAAACAUUUUCUGCUCUACAGCAGCAAAAAGAGUUCUCUCAUCCUUCACCUACAAGUUCUCCAUCUGCCUCUACACUAAAGGUGGAUGAUCCCAUCGCUUCAAUAAGGAAACUUUUUGUCUCUCCAUCCACUAAAAGAAUGAAACUUGCUCACGGAUCAAGCUGAAGCACCUGGUUAAUUGAUGAAGCAGGUUUUCAAAUGGGUCUUCUUUGUUAGGCUGCUCAUCUUACAGAGUAUCAUAUCUUCGCAUGCAUUGCCAUGAAGUGUUGUAUUUUCUGUAAUGUUAAGCCUGUGGCCAUGGUAGCCCAUUCAGUUUCUAAUAAAAGUACUGCUUGAAAGUUACGCUGUAGUUUUCCAUAUUCAUAGCCCACUUUUGUGUAACAAUGUAAUGAGGUUUUAAGAAAUAUUAUAGCAUGUGAUUUGUUCCUCUUGUAGCAAAAACAAAA